AUGGGUAUAUUUGAUGAUAUCCCUGUUGAAAUGCCCGACGUCACUGACAGGCAUACACUUUUACAACUCGCUCAGAUGACUUCAAACGCAUACAUUAAACAAGGUAGCGAUGAGUGGAUAGAACCUUCAAAGCAUUUCAGUGGUGAAGUAAUAUCAUUUGGCUGGAAAAAGGAUGAUGAUGGAUUACGAGGUCAUAUAUUUAGUACUCCUGAUAAGAAAACUGUUGUUAUUGCGAUAAAGGGUACAUCAGCAGGAUUAAUUGGUGGUGGUGGACCAUCUUCAAAAAAUGACAAAUUCAACGAUAACCUACUAUUCAGUUGUUGUUGCGCAAGAGUUAGCUGGACAUGGACACCAGUUUGCGAUUGCUAUAACGGUGGUUGGCAAUGCCAUGAAGAAUGUCUCGAAACGAGUAUAGAAAAGGAAUCAGUUUAUUACCCAGUAGCUACGAACCUUUACAAUAACGUUUCUUAUAUGUUCCCAGAUUCUAAUAUCUGGAUAACUGGACAUAGUUUAGGUGGUGCAUUAGCUAGUAUGCUUGGUUUGACAUUCGGUGUACCAUCGGUGACAUUCGAAGCACCAGGUGAUAGAUUACCAUCACAACGUUUACAUUUACCACAACCACCAGCUGAAUUAUCAGGUGUCUAUCACGUAUACCACACAGCAGAUCCGGUUGCAGAGGGUACAUGUAAUGGUAUGUUAUCACCAUGUAAUGCUGCAGGUUUCGCAAUGGAAACUAGAUGUCAUACCGGAUUGUCUAUUGUAUAUGAUACCGUUAGUAAGUUUGGAUGGGCAGUUGAUCUACGUCAUCAUCGUAUCGCGACCGUCAUAAAUGAAAUACUUGAACAUGAAUGGAAAGAUGACGAUGGAGUUGUCUAUGUACCCAAACCGGAAGCUGAAGGUUUGUGGGCAGUUAAAUCAUAA